GGGGCCCGAGUUUUGUGGUGGCUCUAAUGGCUGAAUUGAGAAAGAGAGGCUGAUCGGUGACAUAAGCGGGCUCGGUUUCGUAUAGACACGCGUGUCUUGUGAUUUGUAAACCGGAUUUCUUCAUUUGUGUUAAGGCUUCAUUGAAGUUGUUGAGUCUAUUGCCUACAUUGCUACCUAAAGCAAUUACUACUUGUUGUUCUUCGGAAUGAACUUGAAUUGAAGUGUCUGGUGAGGAAUGAAAGAAAGAAAAUGAUGCUUUGUAAGAUGUAAUGGCAUGAGUGUAUGAUGAUAACCUUGAUGGUAGUAUCCGCUUGCAAAUAUUCAUGUUUUUAUAAGAUAUAAACUUUCAUCAAGUUUUCAGAUUAAGUGGUGAAGGGGAAAUCUGCAAAAAGAUUAUAUGGCAUAGAACAGCUUUAAAGUAUUCACUUAUGGAGCUUCAUCAACAAUAAAGCCCAAAUCUAGCAUUGAGAUGGGUCUCUGCAAGUCAAGAUAUUACAGUCAAAAUAUAUGGAACAGAGAUUGAAAACUCGAACGAAUCUUCAAACGGGAAAUUUAAAAAAACCAAAAAAGUAAGCACCUUUAACACCGUUUGCUGCAACGAGAAUCGAAUGUGAGGGAUUCGAGAACUCAUACAAACAUAUACAUGUGUAACCCUGUGUAAGCGGAGUGAAACCCUUUUGAAUGGGGGUUAUUCUGUUGAUAUCUUUCAAGGGCAGUGGCAAUCCUGUAAAUAUAGCAAUAGUAAAAAGGUAAAAGAUUGGAAAAGAGGUCAAAGUAAAGCCCUCAUCUUUAAACCCAGAGAAGGGGUUGGGUUCUGUGAAAUGGUGGCGUUGAGGUGGGAUUCUUGAAAGCUCAAGCUUUUGGUGUGUCAAAAAUGGCGUCUUUCCCUUCUUUUACCCAAUUUUGUUCUUUGCCCAGGUGGCACUCGAAUUUGCCUUCGAUACCCUCAAUAAAUCUUGUAAAAUUCCCAGAUGUUAGACUGUGUAGUAGAUUUGCCAUUACAGCAGUUCCCAGAAGAAAACUCGCAGAAAAUACAUCUGAUGGAGAAGAAGACGACUCAGAAAAGAAGACAACACGUAAAAGAGCUCCAUCAAGAAGAAGAAAAAAAGUAGAAUCAGAUGUUCCAGAAGAAAACUCCAUACCAGAGACUAUUAUUAGCAACACAGACGAAAAGACAUCAUUGCCCUCCGAGUCCACAACAGUUCCGGAGAAACCUCAAAGAAGAACUCGAAAAAAAGAAAUUGCAAUCGCUUCUACUUCAAGUAACUUAGAAGAAGAAGAACCAGAAAAAAAGGUGACAAGGCGUACACGUGUCAAGAAAAAGAUGGAUGAUACAAUAGAUCAAAGUAGUGAAACCGAGCUAAGUGAGAUUGAAGAUGAUACAGAUAACGAAAAAGAUAUACAAUUUGAUGAAAAUGUUGAAGAUAUAAGCUUUACAUACUCAUGGCCACCUCUAAUUUGUUGUUUUGGAUCCACUCAUCAUGCAUUUGUACCUUCCGGAAGGCGAGCCAAUAGACUUUUGGAUCAUGAAUCACAUGAACGAAUGAAGGAAGCGUUGUGGGCCCCAGAGAAGUUUGUUAGGGCACCCGGAGGGUGUGCGAGUGACGUGGCACUGUGUCUUGCUAAUAUUGGGAGUAAUGCGGUUUUGAUGGGUAAAAUCGGGGAUGAUGACUUUGGUCAAGCUUUGUUGUUACAUUUGAAUGAGAAUCGAGUUCAAACUCGAUCCAUUCGGAUUGAUGCAAAAAGGACAACUUCGGUUUCACGGAUGAAAAUGAGCAAAAGGGGUAGUUUGAAGAUGACAUGUGUCAACGCGUGUGCGGAGGAUUCGCUAAAAAAGUCGGAAAUCAAUGUUGAUGUGCUCAAAGAGGCAAAAAUGUUUUACUUCAAUUCAUUCUCUCUUCUUGACAAAAAAAUGAGAACAAGUGCAUUGCAAGCUAUCAAGAUCUCAAAGCAACUUGGAGGACUCAUCUUUUUUGAUCUCAAUCUUCCAUUACCACUUUGGCAUUCUCGUGAAGAAACUCAAUCAAUCAUUCAAGAAGCAUUAGAACUUGCAGAUAUAAUCGAAGUCACCAAACAAGAACUCGAAUUCUUAUGUGGGAUUGUCCCAUCUGAAAGAUUUGACACCAAGGACAACGAUAGAUCAAAGUUUGUCCACUACGAUCCGGAUCAAAUCGGGUUGAUCCGACCCGACAAUCUUCAACUUUUAUUUGUCACAAACGGGACUUCCAAGAUUCACUACUAUACAAAGGAGCAUAACGGGUCGGUUCUUGGAAUGGAGGAUCCGCCCAUUACCCCUUUCACUUCUGACAUGUCAGCAGCUGGAGAUGGCAUUGUUGCAGGGCUUAUGAGUAAGUUGAUAGUUCAACCACACUUGAUGACUGAUAAAGAGUACUUGGUGCAUAGUAUUGACUAUGCCAUUAACCGUGGGGUGACACAACAAUGGCUUCAAGCCAGGACACGAGGCUACCCUCCAAAACCGGGGAUGGAAGAUGAUGAGUUUUUCUCGGAUCCAAAUGGGCUUAGAACAAUCUCCCAAAAAGCAUUCCGGACUCUGAUCCCUGUUGAAGAAGAAGAAGAAGAAGAAGAAGUGAGCUUAGAUGUGAAGAGAGAUGAUGGUGAUGAUUUGGAAGAAGAUGAAGGUGUGAAUGUGGUGAUAGAUGGUGAUUAUGAUUCGGAAGAUAUAAGUGACAUUGGAAUGGAGGAUGAAGAGCCUGUGAGGAGAGUAGUAAAUCAAGUGGUUGGGGCUAAAAGGAGAGGUUUGUAGUUUUUGUUUACAAGUUUUGAUUCUUCAACUUUGAGACAAAAUGAUGUGCUUGAUAGGGAUUAGUGGCAGUAUUUUAGCCUUAAGUUGGAUGUGCAAUUUUGUAGUUUGGUUUAUGUUUACCUGUUGUUGUAUGUGGUUUCAAAGUCUGUAAGAAGUAUUUCCACAAUUAAUUGUCCAGGUGUCAUCUGUCAUGAAACGUACCAACGAUUAUCCAGUUGAAAUCAACUUCAAAUUUAAAGGCAAAAACGUGGAAUCGAUGACUAAAUUU